AUGGCCGAACGACUGAGCACGGCCUCCAAGCCACGCCCAACCUCGCUACCGACACCAUCAACGCCCUACACUCCAUCACCCCUCACACCAACCGGACGGUUACGGCUCGGGCCACAACGAACAACCCGUUUUACCGAGGACAUGACGGACCUCACUCCGGCGGCCUCCAUCUCAGAACGGUCCAUCGACUACUACUGGUACGGACGCUCGGCGGAAACCGUCGGUGCCCGGGCCGAGACCGACGCCGAGACCAACACCAACGCCGAUGCCGAGACAUUCACGGCCCCUGACCCUGGGGUAACUACGUCAGAGAAAGCGGGGGAUGGCAACCGGGACCGCUGGCGGACUCGGGCGCGUUUUGUGAGCAGUGUGCUACAUGCCAUGCCCUGUCUUGUGUUAUUGGCUAUCCUGGGGUAUGCGAUGAGGGUGUUGAAGGAUCAGAUGGGGAGUUAUAUGGGGAUUCAAGCCAUCAUCCUCAUUGUGUUUCUUUUCGUGGAUGUCUUGCUGGAUGUGGUCACCCUCAUCAGGGUGCAAAAGCACUGGCUAAAGUGGGGGUUAUGGCUCCGGUUCACCUGCGGCAUCGCAUACUUCGCGUUGUUCCUGACCUACGUCGGGCUAGGUAACCCGUUUCCGGAGGGGUACACUUACUGGGCUCUACCCGUCUCAGCCGCGGCACCAGUCGUGUAUCUCCUGUUAUGCAUCACCGGGCUCUGGAACAUCCUCUACAUCCCCAUCACCCGCCACAACCUCGGCAACACCCUCCUCACCUUCAUCUCCCGCUCCUCACCACCCUCCUCCUCCUCACCCCUCCUCCCAUCCUCAGCACCACCAAAAAGCCCACCAAGAACAACAACAACAACACCACCACCACUACCCCAAACCACAGCCUCAACCCUCCGCAACAACAACAACAACACCAAACCCCCAACCCACCGCCGCCACCCCCUAGCCGAACACGACGAGUACAACGACGAAGACGAAAACGGUGACGCAACAACCGACAGAGCAAGCACCUUCAACCCCCGCUUCUCGGUAGCCGCUGGCACCGAGGCCUCUUCCAUUAGCUUGACAUGGAGGCGGUGGGUAGGCGGGAGUGGCAGUAGUGGGAGGAAUAGUUGGAGGAGUAGUUGGAGGAGUAGUAAAGGAGGGGGAGGGUGGCAGGGGGGGGUUGUAGAAGAAAGAAGGGGAAGUGGGAGUGUGGCAAGGGGUGAAGCGGGGUUUUAUAGUCGGGAUGAUUUGGAGAGUUGUCCUAUUGGUGGUGAAGGGGGUAGUGAUAGGGGGGGUUUUCCUACGGGGAUGGUGGUGAAAUCGGAAAGUGUGCUGGUGCCGGAAGUGGAUGUGGUGUCGAAGGAGGUGGAUGGGAAGGGGAGAGGUGAAGAGAAGGAGAUUGGGGUCGGGUCCGAGGGGGUGAAGGCAGAGGAGGCUGGGAAGGGGGAAGCCUUGGGGGGUGAAGAAAAAGAGGAAGCCUUGGAGAGCCGGGGGAAGGAGGGGGAAGUAAAGGAGGGUGAGUCAAAGGAGACGGAGAUCAAGGAUGAAACCCGGGAUGAGAAAGUCCCGGAUAUGAAGAGAGAGGAUUCAUAA